AUGAUGAUAGUGAAACCAUUUAUAACAUCACCAACACCAAUUCAAACUCAUAGGUUCAGCCCUUGGAAUAUUUUUGCAUCAUCUUCACUAUUAUCCUUCCAUUCACAUGCUGUUUCUUGCAGGGUUAAUUCUCUCUCCGUCAAUCAAUCACCACACUUCAAAACACAAGAAGAAGUAAUGGAGAGUAGUAGAUCAGAGCUGGUAAGGUUCUCUUUGUUGGUGGAUGAUACUGAUACUAACAGCUACAAAGCGUGUAGCAUUCCUAUGAGGUUUCCUUCUGAUGACCCAACUGUCCCCACUCCCACUGAGUUAUCUUGGAUUAAUCUCUUAUACUGUGGUAUCCCAUCCUUCAAGAAGCAUGCUGAGAGUGAUACCUCUGUCCCUGAUGCUGCAAGUAAAGCUGAACUUUUUGCUCAAAGGUAUGCUAAAAUACUUGAAGAUUUGAAGAAAGAUCCUGCAAGUUAUGGCAAUCCUCUUGAUAUCCCUCUUCUAUGCAGACUUCGUGAGGAAGUCCUUAAAGAAAUGGGAUUCAGAGAUAUCUUCAAGAAAAUCAAGGAUGAAGAGAAUGCAAAAGCCAUCUCUCUAUUUGAGAAUGUUGUUCGUCUAAAUGAUGUCAUUGAAGAUGAAGGCAAGCGACUUGAGAAUUUAGUUAGAGGAAUUUUCGCAGGGAACAUAUUUGAUCUUGGUUCUGCUGAGCUUGCAGAAGUUUUCUCUAGGGAUGGAAUGUCGUUUUCGACUACUUGUGAAAAUCUUCUCCCUCGACCUUGGAUUAUUGAUGACCUUGACACUCUCAAAAUGAGAUGGAGCAAAAAGUCCUGGAAGAAGGUUCUCAUAUUUGUUGAUAACUCCGGUGCAGAUAUUAUUUUAGGUAUUUUGCCAUUUGCAAGGGAGCUCCUUCGGCGUGGGAGUCAGGUUGUUUUGGCUGCUAAUGACACACCUUCUAUCAAUGAUGUGACUUACUCUGAGCUAAUUGAAAUUGUAUCAAAGUUAAAGGAUGAAGAAGGACGUCUCUUGGGUGUCAGCACUUCAAAUCUUUUAAUUGCCAACUCUGGAAAUGGUUUACCUGUUAUUGAUCUUACAAAGGUGUCACAAGAGCUUAAUUGCCUUGCCAGUGAUGUAGAUCUUGUCAUUUUAGAAGGGAUGGGUCGCGGUAUAGAAACAAAUCUCCAUGCUCAAUUUAAAUGUGAUUCUAUCAAUAUUGCAAUGGUGAAACAUCCUGAGGUUGCAGAGUAUCUUGGGUCACGGUUGUAUGACUGUCUAAUCAAAUACAAGGAAGUUUAA